AUGGCGGAUUCAACGAGGUUAUUGUGCUUAAAAUCUGCGGUAUUCAUUUUAAACAUUUUAUUCUGUAUUUUUUUUCGUCCUGACUCAACCUCGGCAGAUUCAGAAGUCCUUGAGGAAUACUCUCUUUCGGACGUCACAAGAACUGUAAACGAAAGAUGCAUUUUACUUGCACUGCGUCCUAGUAAAGGCGACGAUAACCUCGUUUCUAUUCUUCGAAAACUAUCUAGGGCUUUCAAGAAUGAAAAUCGAGCGAAAGUUGGAGUUUUAAAACAAACAGAUGUGAGCUUGAUCAGCUGGGAACAAUUAAAGGGGCAGGAUAUGGUUGAACAAGACGAUCUGGCGUUUUUUCCGCGCAAAAUGGAAGAUAGAUCAUGUCUUUUGAAACCCAGCUGGGAAAAACCUCCUAAAGCUCAGCCAUAUCUAGGACCAAGAACCGUUCAGGAGUUACUUGCAUUUAUGAACAAAAAUUGUCAAACCUUAAGGCAAAUGGAUGGAAGUUUAUCGCCCGCUGGCUUUGCAAAGGACAAAAUAUUAGAAAAUUUAUUUCGAGUUCACAGUAGCCAGGACCCAAGUCAGCUGGGUUCAAAUUCUGGACCCAUUAACAUAGCCUCUGAAUGUGAGAGGAUUCCAAUGCCAUCUAAACAACAAUUUUUUCAGGAGUAUUUUUUGAGAGCAAAGCCAGUUGUUAUUACAGGUAGGAUGACUUUGCAGCAUAUUUAUCAAAAAACAGAUACAAAAGAAAAACUGCCAGAAAUAUUGCCUGUCAAUUGAUCACCUCACCACCCUUUGCUGAGGAGAUUUCAUGAGUGAGAUGUCUGCAUUUAGUGCUUUUUUUAUCAUAGGCUACCCAUCUGGUUAGAGAAAUUAGUUUGAUAAGUUGUACAAUGUUCAGGUAAAUUGGCGGUUACGCUGGGUCAACAAAUCACUCUGUAGACUUCUUGCAGUCUGACUUUUCUCAUGAAAUCCAUUCAUUUCUUAACAUUGUCAUAGCCAGUUUGCUUGCAAACAAUGACACAAAUAUAGAUGCAUUAUGACAAUAAGGGAUUACAGUCAAGCCAGGUCAAGUGUACCCCACAAGAUUCCACUAUUGAAUUUAGUCUUCAAAAGCUGAAUCCAUUGGUAGUUGUAGAUUCAGAUUCAUCUCUGUAUUCUUGUAAUGUAUGUGUAAUAAGCCUUGAAUUCACAUGCAAGGCAGUUAUGAAAUUUCUACCAGUUCAGUGUCCCUGCGUUGAUGUAGAUGUAGACCUUUGAAGCAAUUUCAUCUACUCAAAGAUUUUCAAUUAUCUGACCAAACACAGAGAAGUUCUCGUAAAAUAUUCACUGCACAUUAUGCACGCAGGAAUGCUGAUUCAUGAAUUUGACACCAGUUACGGGAACAACCAGCAGAUUCAUAUUUUAUCAAAAAAUCAGUUCAUUAAAAGAAUCUUGUGGGGUUCGCUUGACCUGCCUUGACUGUAAGAUGAGACCAAAAAAGACCGACUGCAGACUAUUUUGUAGCAAACCACCCCUCCAUCAUUUCAGAAAUGGAGAAGCUGAUUGGUCAAUUUUACUGUAUUUACAGAUCAUUGACUAGACAGUGGGAAGUCUGGUGUGAGAUAGCAAGCAGAAAAUUAAAAUAGUCGCGCAUCACAACUAACCACAAAGCUAGUGGUAAUCGCACAUCAGAAGAAAACUGCUGUAAUUUCCUUAACAAAAAUUAGGAAGUAAAGGUGAUCUUACAGGAUUUAAGAAGUGUAAUUUGUCAACUGUUUAUGCUCUAUUUAUAAAUCGGUCAAGUUACUCUGUUUUAUUGGUUAACAAAAUCACCUUGAGAGCAUUGUUGUCCCUAGAUAGAACAAAAAAGUCAGGAGUCUCUUAUUUUUUCUUCGUGGGCUUAUGCCCUAAUUUAUCACAGCUAAUGAUUGCCACUCACCCAGCUCACCUGCAUUGGCUAUGCAUGAAGCAACUUUGCAAAUUAACCCUUUAAGCCUUAAGGGUUAUCAGCAUCAAAUUUCUCCUUGUAAUAUCAAUGCUUUGUAAAACAGAGUGGUCAUGAAAAUUACAGACAUGAUCACAAAAGAUGAAUUUAAUUUAAUUUUUGCUUUAUAUUUUAUCAACUUCUCCCCACUACUUCUGUUGGAAAUGAAUAGGGGGAAACAAAUGAGAAUUCAAAUUUUGAUCCUAGGGUUUAAAGGGGUAAAGAAAACUAAGGAGCUGUUCCCAGUCUAGUCACACUGUUGCUUUUUCAUUAUUUAUUUAUUAACUUUUGUUUACUCUCUAUAGGUGCCUUAAACAACUGGCCAGCUAUGAAAAAGUGGACUAGUGAAUUUCUAGCAACAAAAUUUGGAAGCAAGAUGGUUCGAGUAGCCUUUGCCCCAUAUGGUGAAUAUGAAGGAUGUGAAAAGGCCGAAAACUUUGACGAUUUUAAGGAAUUUACGUUUCCUGAUGCUGUCAAAUCCCAGCUGCAGUUUCCAGAUUUAGUGGUUGUUCGCCCUGCAUUUCGCGAAAUUCCUUUCUCCACCUUCAUGGAGAUACUGCAGUCUUCAAAUAAUAGUGACAUCUCUGCAUAUUUAGAGUAUUCAUCAAUCCCUAGUCUCUUGCCAGAACUUGAGCUAGACAUCAAAGAAAUGCCUUUUGUUACUGGUGAAUUAAAGAGGAGACACCUCAACAUUUGGCUCAGUAAUGGUAAUACCUUGGGCAAGCUGCAUUUUGAUCCUUUUGAUAAUUUUCUUUGUCAGGUGAGUACAAAUGCAGUUAAUUCUGACAACUUUCAGGCUCUGAGUCAAACAAUUUUCUUUUCAAUUCUUAUGGUCUAAUUAUGGCAAACACUUCAAACAGAAUUCUUUUGUCUGUUUUCAUCAAUGCAUAUACACACAUAUACCACACAAAUGAGAAACAAAUCAUGUUUGUAGGCAAGCCUUAGAAUUGUUUACCAUUUUACCACAGACCACGAGUUUGGAGAGGAGUUUAUUGUCAGACUGAAAAGCUGAGAUACAAAACCUGGGGGGUACUCCACAUAUUAAAGGGGUGGGGAUGCUUGUCAGAAAUUUUGAAUUAAACCCCUAAAGGAAACGGACCUGGGCGUGGCCCAAGCUUUUUUUGACCCCUAAAAGAGACCAAAAAGAUAUACAUAUCAAAUAUGUCCUUUUAUAUUUUUUUGCGUGCAACCCUAAACGAGACCUUCACGGCUAAUAUUUUAAUAUGAUGGCGUUUUGCCCAGAACACCCUAAGUGAGACCAAAAUCUGAAAUUUACACCCAUAAGCAAGACAACAAGCAUUCCCACCCCUUUCAUAUGCCGAGUCCCCCCAGGGGGGCACUUGGGUAAUUUUUGGGUGGGUAUGUGCCGCCCGGGACUCCAAAUUGGCACCCCGUUCUAAAAAAAUUUCCCCUAAAAUUGAUACCCCGUUCUAGAAAUAGCUUAGAAAUGGGCCAAUUUUUUAUACUGCGUUCUAGAAUUCUCCCUAAAACUGAUACCUCUUUCUAGAAAUGGGCCAAUUUUUUAUACUCUGCUAUAGAAAGUUUGUAAAUUGAAAUAGCCCUGUUUUUUUAAAAAGACAUUUCUUUAUUUGUUUGACUUAUACAUCAUAUAAAUGCUUCUUCAUAAUCAGCAACAAUUUUAAGCAAAAGAUAAAGCCGUGAUCCACAAUUUUUUAUACCCUGUUCUAGAAAACGCCUCUGAAAUGGAUACCCCGUUCUAAAUCAGGAGCUUCAAAAUCACAACCCCGUUGGGCGGCACAUACCCGUAUAGGUUAUGUAUGGGAGUACCCCCCUGGGCGAGUCCCCCCGGUACAAAACUAGGAUUUGAUAAUAUAACUCCCAACACCCAAACACAAACUGAAAGGUGGUUGGUGGUUAAAUGAAAGUAAAUUAAAAUACACCUCAACAACAAAAAUAGUAGUGAACAAAAUUCAACAAAUGUCAAUAAAAUGCUAAUUAAUGAAUUUUAGAAGCCAUAGAAUUAACCGCACUGCAUUUUUUUGCGGGAGACAUCUCUAAAUAAACUAAGUAUGCAUCGAAAUGAUCUUGACAGCAGUUCAACUAAAAUAAACUGACUAACACUUGAUGAACACAAUGCUCUCAUUACAAUGCUUGUGUCAUUAUCACAAUUAAUCAUCCUCAGUGAGGUGACAAUUGACACACCUCCAUUUGGGCUCUGCCAUAGUCAAGGAUUGAAUAUUUUUUAAAAAUUUUUUAGAUCAGUGGGACGAAAGAACUGUUCAUUUAUGAGCCACAUGAAAACACGAAACUCUAUGAAGCGCACAUUCAGGAAGCUUCCCUUGACUACAAUCCAGUCACCAAGAAGUUCCGCCGCAAAAAACUUUUGGAAAGUACAUCCAUGGUCAUGUCUCCUGUCGAUAUUCUUAAACCUAAUUAUGACAGAUUUCCAAAGUUUAAAGAGGCCAGAGCCUUGAACUGUACAAUAAAUGAAGGUGAUGUUCUCUUUAUGCCCUCAUUUUGGUGGCAUGAGGUGCAAUCAUAUCCUAGUAAACAAGAACAAAGAAAUGUUGCUGUGAAUUUUUGGUAAGAGAGCUCUUUUAAGUUGAUAAUAAAUUUAUAAGGAUCUUAAGAAUGAUUUAUUACACCCCGGCUGUGUUUUCACUAGGACAAUUUUAACUAGAUAAAGCCGGAAAAGUCCGGAAAUACAGUGAAAACACCUCGUCUUGGUUUUAGCUAGUUAAAAAUGCAAGCUGUUUUCACAAGCAAAAACAAGGGAUUUUCUCGCCUUUACGAGCGGAAAUUCACGCAGAGUUAUACUACCUCGCGAGAUGGUAUAACUUGUCCUGAUAAACGCUGUAGCCAAUCAGGUCGCGCUUAGUGACAGACGCCUGCCAAAUAAUCCGGUAAUAUUAUUUUCCAGAGGCUAUUGCUUCUUGGUUGAGCUUGAGAAAUUCAACAUGGCAGACAAUUCCAACAGUCAUUUCUUUCGAUUUACAAUCCCACCGACCCCACUGCAUUGUCUAUUUCUUCGGCCAGAUCCUUAAACCAGAAUUUUGGUCUUGGAUAAACCCACAUAGUCUUGCGCUUAUCCCAGUUAUGGCACUGAAUAAUUGUUUCGUUGUUGCAUUGACAGAAUUAAAAGAUUUCGUCGCAUCUUCCUCAUUUGUAAGGACAUAAGCCUCAUUUGCUGAAUAAAACUCCUUCUCCUUCGCAAAAAUACAGCGAAAAUAAUCACACCAGAAGUCAUUACAAGCACUUCGUCCCCUUUCAUUUAUUAUUAUGGCACGCUUUUGCAAUUUGAAUCCUCUGAGUUAGUGGCUUAGAUUGCCACAGUGAAAACAGUUGUCAGGUUUAACUAGUAAAACUCGGUUUGUAAACAAAUCCUAGAAAGAAUGUUCAGCUAGUUAAUCACCCUAGUGAAAACACAACCCCCAUUUGCCACACUUACCUGUUAGAUAAUAUUGUUUGACUUCAUCUUCUGAAUUCUGGAAAUCCCAGGAUGCCACACUUUAUAAGAAUAAACUCUGUUACUUCUAGACUGUAAUGUGGUUGAAAACCAUAACCUUCACAGUGGCCACACCAAAUGCAUCACAUAGACUAUUCUAUAAUAUUUGACACAGCAGUCUUCCUCCCAACCCCCAACCCCCCCCCCCCAUGCCCCCACUCCAGAAUUUACAUAAGCAUUGUUGAACUAUGGUUUCACUUAACUUAAAUUUUCUCAUUAUUCAAAGUUGGUUUUUUGGUUCUUUGCUGUAGGUAUGAGCCAUUUUUAACAAAGGAGUUCCCCUGUGCCACAUGCACGAUGAAUGUGAAUCCUUUUUAUCAUCACAUAUUAGAAUCAUAAUUAUUAAUUUUGAUCACAAUAUUAUUCACGCUAAUGGUUGUACAG